AUGAGAAGUAUCCGCUCGGCACUAUCAUCUCUACUCUACUUGUGUUCUGGAUGGCUGCUAUGUUGGGUGUUGGUUGUGGCUCCGCGAGACAUUGCUUUGUCGUCAUUGUUGCCAAAUGAAGACAACAAUCAUAAUAAUAAUCACGAUGGACCAUCCAAAUCAUCUUCGUGGAAAGUAAUGACAGUUUCACCACCAUCACCGCCAUCACCACCAUCAUUAUCGUCGAUGAAGAAUCAUUCCGUCUUACAUGACAUUUUGGCACGUCGACCAAACUGGAGACGAGACUUUGAACUCGAGGCAUGGCUUCCCAAAUGGCGUCGAAAUAAUGUGGAGCAACGGACCGCGAUGACUCAGCAGCACCAGUAUUACAACAGCACCUUUCCUCUAUCGCAACAAGAGGAAGCAACGCACGAUGAUUUCUUUUGGAACCAUGUUGUUGUUGGCCAUAAUGGCAAUACCAAUAAUUCGAAUGAUUCGUUUGCCUUUGCCAAUGCCAACAUUGGAUUGGGACACCGCCUCGCACAAUUGUCCUAUUCGUGGACCUGCCAAAUCGUCCCUCAUCAGCAACAGCAACUUAUUCAUUGGGUGACUGGUGGUCUGGAUGAUAAUCGUGGUUGGCAUUAUCUCUUUCAAGACUCUCCCGUGUUGGCAGGAGUUCCAAGACAUUGGCACAAGGGCAAACCAUCUUUGGAAAAGAUCCAAGCCCAUCGAGAACAACAUGACGAAUCAUCAUCGUCAUCAUCAUCAUCGUCAUCAUCGGCUUGUCAAGACUACAGUACCUACUUUCCCUUGGAUUGUGAUGAAACCUGCAAAGGAUUCAAACAUCCAAGAGAUUUGUGGUUUUUGCGAUUUGCCCAAGAACCAUCGGCCCAAGAGUUUUAUCAAUUGUUGAGAGCCCAAACCCAACCACGCAUCAAGGAACGAGUUGCCAGGUAUAUGGACCAUCAUUGGCCUUCUUCGAAACUAGUCAUCGGAGUUCACAUUCGAGCUGGGAAUGGAAAAGAUGAUGGACUCGGUCAUUUUGAUUUGGUACAACGCGGGGAUUGGUUGGCCAAGGAUUUGCCAAAGGCUGUCACUAUGAUACGACAGCACAUUCGAAUGGUCGCUUCUUCUGUUUUGGAUCGAUACACUACUAUGGGAGGGGGGUCCUACUACAAAAGCAAUGCCAAUGAUGACAAUGAGGCUGCGAUAGACAACUACUAUCAAGUGUUUUUGGCUACGGAUACGGAAAAGGUAUUGGCCGAGUUCCGCAAACAGGAUCCAUCCGUCCUUACAUUGGAACAAGAACGUCCCAAGGAUGGUGUAGCAAUCUUUCAAAGUGCCACUUGUCAGAAGGGAUCCAAUCCAGUAGACUGCGCUCUUGAAACCCAAGAGAAUAUGCUAGUGGACGCUCUCUUAUUAUCGUCGGCCGACGUUCUACUGGCCGAGAGUUUUUCGAAUUUUCUGUACAGCCUUCCAGCGACCUUGGCUCUGGCCGAAGGCAAGAUUUUCUGUCAAGCGGGACGAGCAGCGUUGGGGGGCAAAUACAUCACGCAAGAUGACCGUCAGGCAAGUUUAUUGGGAGAUCCGAAAUGGUGGGCAAGUCCACCGCCCAAUGUCAUGCCCGUACGGUGCCAAACGUCUGCUUGGGCGGCACGGGAUCGAUUCAACUUUCACAACUUUCCCGAUGUCAUGGCAAGAACAGGAGUAGUAUGA